AUGCCUACUACAUAUGCUGCUCUGGAGAUACUGGCCGAAUCUUCUAUACUUGCUACCUCGCUUCGUGGCUCCUCUGGCGGCCCCCUGGAGAACAAUGUCACUGGCCUUCUCGUGCGCUCGACAAAUUCUGGAUGGGGUCGAAGUUCCAUGGUAGCCGUCGAUGCCGGCACCCACUUGUCUGGCAUCGCUGAGGUCCUCGAGAAAACGCAACCACAAGGCUUGGGCGUGGAUGUGCCACUCCCGCAUAAACUCGACUCUGGCCCUUUCGCUGGCCUGGAAAUCACAUCAAAGUGUGCGAAAACUAACGCGGCUGAAAUCACAAAGCAGCUCGUUGAUACUUAUUUGAUUACGCACCCACACAUUGAUCAUACGUGCGGCUUCAUCAUCAAUACUGCUGGUCUGCAGGGGAACCGGCCGAAACGGCUGGCAGGCCUUCCUUCGACCAUCUCAGCAUUCAAGACGCACAUCUUCAACAAUAUUAUCUGGCCGAACCUGUCCGAUGAAAAUAACGGCGCAGGCCUUGUCACCUAUAUGCGUCUUGUUGAAGGUGGCAGCCCGGCUCUAGGAGAAGGCGCAGGCAAGGGCUACAUAGAGAUCUCAGAAGGGCUCUCGGUGAAGGCUUUUGGCGUCAGCCAUGGCCACUGUAUGGAAAGACACCAACAUCGAGGCUCGGCUUCGUCUUCCCGAAUCGGUAGUGCAGACCUCUCGACCAUGUUGCCAAGGGGCGCUCCCGGGAGUGGCGCUGCCUCGGGUCCAAGCAGCUUAUUUAGGCACGCGAGCAUAGCCCGGUCAUCCGGCGGAGUCAGCCAGGAACAAGAAUCGAUAUGUGUCUACGACUCAACCGCCUUUUUCAUCAGACACGGUACCAGCGGAAAAGAGGUACUCAUAUUUGGUGAUGUCGAACCCGACAGUAUCUCGUUGUCACCGCGCAACUUGGCCGUCUGGCGGGAAGCGGCACCGCGAAUAGCCAGUGGUCAUCUCACUGCCAUCUUUAUUGAGUGCAGCUAUACUGAUAGCCAAACCAACGAUCGUCUAUUUGGCCACCAAGCUCCGCGAUUCAUCAUUGAAGAACUGGAGACCUUGGCAAGCGAAGUCGAGGCUGCCCGCCGGAUGCCGAUUAAACUCGAGACGACUAAGAAACGAAAACGAGAGCAGGGGGACGCUGCGCGCCGCGCGCAUCCAACAGCUAGAUCCAUUCCAGACGAACAGCCCGUGUCGCCCAAAUCUACAAAGGUCAAACCCUUAAUGCCAGACUCGGAUACUGACUCCCCGCCAAUGACGCCACAUCUUGCAACCCCCACUGCCGAAUUAACACUCAAAGACCUAGAUCCAACAGCGUCUAUUACUUUACCUCAAAAGCCACAAUCGUCUCAACCUCUGGCUGGUCUCACGGUGGUGAUAAUUCAUGUCAAGGAAAACUUUCAACCCGACUCACCAGCGGGGGAAACCAUUGAGAACCAGCUAAAUGACCAUGAGGAGGAUGCCCAGUUGGGAUGCAAAUUCGUGAUUUCGAGCAGAGGCGCUAGCUUUUCGUUUUAG